GAUUUCGCCCAGAGGUUUAAGACGCCCGCUUCUCAUGCAUUAGACUGCGGGUACGAAUCCUACCAACGGCAAGUACCAAUGUGACUUUUUCCGAGUUAUAUGUACUUUCUAAGAUUGUUUAGACACCACUGACAAACGGUGAAGGAAAACAUCGUGAGGAAACCUGGGCUUAUAACUUCUAAUUAUAAGUUUGAAAUUGCCAACCCGCAUUGAGCAAGCGUGGUGAUUAAUACUCAAACCUUCUCCGUGUGAGAGGAGGCCUUUGAUGAACUCAAUGGCUAUUGAUAUGAUUUGUGAACUACUGAAUGACUCCUGAUUGUAUUUCUUAUAACAGGCGCUGAUCGGAUUCGGAGAGGUAUCCAGCCUCGAUUUCAAAUGUGGCGGUUCCAUUAUCAGCGAAAAAUUCGUCUUGACAGCGGCUCAUUGUUCAAUUUCAACAAUGGCGAUGGAAUUGAGCCAGUACAUCGUGCCUGCUUGCCUUCCCACAGAGCCGGUAGAGGACGCUAAAGCUGUCGUAACAGGAUGGGGUCCAAUUCACUACAAUACUAAAGUAUCGGAUAUUCUUCAAAAGGGUGACAGUGGGGGUCCCCUUCAGAUUAAAAGUGAUAAAAUAAAUUGUAUGUACAUAGUGGUUGGAGUGACUUCGCAUGGAAGAAAGGUUUGCAGUACUCCUGAUUCGGCUGGAGUGUACACUAAGGUCGAUUCUUACGUGCCGUGGAUCGAGAAUAUCGUCUGGUCAAAUUAAUUGUCCUCAUUUUUUAUUAAAUGGUUUUAUUUGGCUUGCUUUUGUUUUUAUCUAUAUCUGUACAUAUAAUAAAUUCUGUUCAUUUAAAGUAUUAAAAAUUAAGUAGUGUUAA